AUGGAGCUCAGCCAGAUGUACAAGAAGAAAAAGAACCGGUGGUCCAUCUCGAAGAUAGAGUUACUGAUUGAACUAUGGGCCGAGCAUUACCGCGAGCUGAAGUCGUGCCGACGGAAUGACCACGUCUUCGUGAAGAUGAAGCACAAGCUGGAGAAGAGCGGUUGUAAGGUCACGGUGGAAGAUAUCCGAAUUCGGAUCAAUAACCUUUCUGCCAAGUACAGGAAAGAGUCUAUGCAGACGCUAUCCGGCGGAUCACCUUCGCGCUGGCCGCUGUUUAACAAGAUUCACAACAUCCUUAGCAAUGAGGCUUCCCUCGAUGAAACGGCCGAAACUCAGGAGGAAAGUAUGGAAGAGCCGCCGGAGAGUAAAACGAAGGUGUACCAGCUGAAGUGCAACUAUCGGCAGGAAAAUAUUGACAACUUUUUCACCGACCUGUACUUUAAUCCGCGCUAUUCGGAUGUGACACUGGUUACCUGCCACGAAGGUGAAACAUUCGCCAUUCCUGCACACCGUAUGGUAUUGGGGAAUUUCAGCAUGUACUUUGCAAGUAUUUUCGAGAAGCUAAACGUUCCCCAAAACUCCAACACAUAUAUCGUGCUACCGGGGAGCAUAACGCAUCAGACAAUGCAAAUUCUGAUGCAAUACAUGUACACCGGCCAGUCGUCCGUACCCGAGUACAACGUGGACGACGUGUUGCGCAGCGGCGAGUUGUUAAAAAUUCGAGGCUUUUGGAGUGAAAACAGAUCAGGUAACCCACAGCAGAGCUCCGGUCAGGGCCACAAACGACGGGCAUCGGGUGUUGAGCCUCGCAAAGUGCACCACCGCCAGCCAGGUACCUCAUCGCAGGAUAGCAACGAACAUAAUCGGCAACUCCCAGGUAGAUCGACGUUGCAACCGGAUCUGCACUCUGAACUAGCAUCCGACUCCGGUACGUCGGCGCUAGAUGCCCUGGACGAGCAGAAGCGGCUUGCUAUCGCAGCGAUUCAGCGCGAUUUGCACGCCAGCUCUAUGCGAGCAAUGGCGCACGGGGCGGCCGCUCUGUUUAGUGGCGGUUUUUCCGAUGUAAAGCAGGAACCUACCGAGUGGGAUGAUCUGGAUGAUGACAAUGACUCGGACGAGGACGUCAUGAUCCUACCCGAGGAUGUGGUCCAAUCCAAGCUCGGGGUUGAUGGCGCACAGAUUCCACCAGCACAAACCUCACAGGUGAACGACCAAUUCUCCCCACAGCCGCAACAGCCGCAGCAACAACAGCCCAAACUGCUGUGCGGGGAAGGAAGUGAAGAGAACCGGCCGCCUCUCCAGGAGCAGUCGCACUCUUCCCAACAGCAACAACCAACAGAAUCCUCAAUGACCUGCGAUCUGUGCAGUGCAUGCUUUACUAACACAGACGAGUUGCUGCAGCACAUCAUAAGCUCUCACGGUGAUGCCUCGGAAGUACUACGCAAACGAAGCCGGAUGACGGAAGAAGAGACCCCACUAAACAAUAUGCGAUGCGAAUUUUGCGGGAAGAUGUUCUUUUCGGCCUUUGAUUGGGCGCAGCACGUGUUGCUGGUUCAUAACGACCGGACCGCCGAGUUGCAACAACAAAUGGCCCAAUUUUCCGAGGAGUUGAUGCCCAGUAUUAGCAAAAUUCGCUCCAUCGCAUCGUCUAGCACGGCUGACUAA